AUGUCGAAGUUCGAGGAUUGGGAGAUAAACAAGUACUGGGAGAUUUUCUCGGGCUUGAAUCCUGUUGGCGGUCUGCUGUCGGGAGACAAGGUAUCCACGGUGCUCAAGAAUUCACAGCUGUCUGACAGCGAUCUGGAGAAGAUUUGGGACUUAUCAGAUGUGGAUUCAGAUGGUAAUCUUGAUUUCGAGGAGUUUUGUAUCGCAAUGAGACUCAUUUUCGAUCUUAUCAAUGGCACGGCCACUAAGGUUCCAGACCGACUUCCGGACUGGUUGAUUCCUGGUAGUAAAGCUCAUUUGGUGACCGCUAAUAACGCAGUUAGUGGUGGAAGCAAUGCUGCUAGUGGCAUUCCAUCUGCUAAUGAUACUGAUUAUGAUGAAGAUGACGAGGUUGGACUUUCUACUGACUUCUCGUGGUAUAUUUCUCCUGGUGAUAGAGACUCGUACACCAGUAUUUACUCGGCAGAUGCCGAUUAUCAUGGCAUGGUAUCUUUCGAUGCUCUGACCGAUCUUUAUAGCACUCUGGACAAUGUUCCUGAUACAGAUAUUCGAUCGGCUUGGAACCUGGUGAACCCGAAAUCCAACGAGAAGAUCGAGAAGGACCAGUGCAUUGUAUUUUUACACAUUCUCAACCAGCGAUCCAAGGGGUUCCGAAUCCCUCGUAAUGUCCCUGCUUCACUACGAGCCACUUUUGAGAAAGCCAAACCUGAAUAUUCACUCAAUUCCAAACAAUCGAUUGUCAACCGACCAACUGCGCGAGGAGCAGGUUCAACUUCGAAGAAAUCACAAUUUGCCGAAGGGUAUUUAUCACGACUGGGGUUGGCAGGCCGUUCUGCUGGAUACCAAACUUCAGGAACCGAUUUCUCGUCUACCAAGGAUACAGACUGGGAAGAAGUGCGACUGAGGCGUGAACUUACUGAUCUCGAGAACCUGAUUAAAGACGCUGAGGAAGCAUCUGAGCGUCGUAAAAAGGGAAUUGAGGAUUUUGGCAGUUCCACAUCAGCAUUAAUUCGCCGAGAACUGGAGCAGCUGCUCGAUUAUAAAGAGAAACAGCUGCAAACGCUGCGAGCUGCUAAAUCUUCAGGCUCGUCAUCUUCCACUACAGGCGCCGGCUCGUCUGCAUCACUCAAAGAAUCCAUCGAAGAAGUCGACCUCAUUGCCCAACAAGUGCAAAUGCUCCAAGAACACAAGGCCCAGAAAGAAAAGGUCCUCGCCGACCUCAAAGCCCAGCUGGCCUCUGCCUCGGCCUGA